UCGCGGAUGGUUAUUCUUGCUCCAUAAAAUUUCUGGGAGCGGCGAGACCUUGCAUUAUUUGCCACUGAUAUACAAGUUUGGCCAGAUCUGAGCGCGAUAAACGCGACCUAAUAGCUAACCGGCAGCAGCCGGCACGUGUAGUUCCGACGUUCCGGUUUUGCACUUCCCCACAUCCCACACUUUUUUUACAUAAGAGCUUUCUGAUCAAAGCUCUAAACUUUCGAGUUUAAAAGACCCGCAUCUCUUCCGUUGUAUCGAGAAGUGUAGACAGAAGAUUAACAAUGGCUACCUUGCUUUCUGCGCGUAGUUCCGUUUGGCGACUGGGAUAUCUUCAUAGCACGGCGUUUACAAACAACGGGAGGCGCGCAGCAUCAGGAUAUGUGAAAUAUAAUCAUGAAGAUCCGUUGAAUAUGGAAUCUCUACUAACGGAAGAGGAAAUUGCCAUACGUGAUACUGCUCGGGAGUAUUGUCAGGAAAAUCUCGCUCCCCGUGUGCUGGAAGGCUGGCGGACGGAAAAAUUCAAUCAUGACAUUCUCCCUGAAAUGGGCAAAUUAGGACUGCUUGGACCGACAAUUCAAGGCUAUGGCUGCGCUGGAGCAAGCAAUGUAGCCUAUGGCCUCAUUGCUAGAGAAAUCGAGCGCGUCGAUUCCGGCUACCGAUCAACGGCAUCUGUUCAAUCAUCACUUGUUAUGCACCCAAUCAACGAGUUUGGUACUGAAGCACAAAAGGAGAGGUACAUUCCUCGCUUAGCCAAGGGAGAAAUCGUCGGCUGUUUUGGACUGACUGAACCAAAUCAUGGUUCCGACCCAGCUGGCAUGGAGACAACUGCUGAAGAAACUGAUGGCGGCUUUGUCCUCAAUGGAAGCAAGACUUGGAUAUCAAAUGCACCUGUCGCUGACAUUUUUGUUGUGUGGGCUCGUUGCAAAUGGGAUGGCAAGGUCCGGGGCUUCGUACUUGAGAAGGGUCUGAAAGGUUUGGAAGCGCCAGCCAUAAAGAACAAGAUUGCACUUCGGGCGUCGUUAACCGGUUCGAUCUUUAUGGACUCUGUUAGAGUAGGCCAUGAUGCCUUGCUCCCGCACGGACAAGGCCUUAGUGCACCUUUCUCCUGUUUGAAUAGUGCCCGGUAUGGCAUUUCAUGGGGUGUGAUGGGGGCUCUUGAGGAUUGUAUCCAAAAAACUCUCGCGUAUGCACUUGAGCGCAAGCAGUUUAAGCGACCGCUGGCAUCUUUCCAACUCGUCCAGAAGAAACUUGUAGAUGCGCAAACUGAAGUAGCCCUUGGCUUGCAGGCCAGCCUUCAGGUUGGCAGACUGAAGGACGCAGGCAAGCUGGCCCCCGAAAUGGUCAGUAUGGUAAAGCGUAAUAACUGUGGAAAGGCUCUUCAGCACUCCCGUGUUAUUUUGGAUAUUCUCGGAGGAAAUGCAGCAUCGGAUGAGUACCAUGUCGGUAGACAUGUUGCAAAUUUACAAGUUGUGAAUACUUAUGAAGGGACAUAUGAUAUCCACGGUCUCAUCCUUGGAAAGGCAAUCACUGGCAUUCAGGCUUUUGCUAAUUAGUUUCAUCGAUGUAUUCCUUGUAACAUGCAAAUCUCGACGAAAGACUUUGCAUCAUACUGAUUUAGAUGCAUUGUCAGGCGCGGGCCUAACAUUAAUAAUUUACCAAUCGUAAACUAUAUAGUAUGCAAGACUGUAAUGUGAUGAAUUCAACGCAUCGCAUUCGACCUUUCUAUUUGUUUUGACAUUUGCAGCUAUCAGUGUACUUAAUUUCACCUGUUGCCGCAUCGGCGGGGUCAACAGGCGGGAAGUCAUC